AUGCGGGAGCGCUUCGCCGGCGCUCCGCCUUCAGCAAGCUUUCUCAGUGAAGGAGCCACACAGGACCUCCCAGCUGCGUAUGUUGACCAGCUGGAGCAAUUGAAGGGACGCAUACCGGAUUUCCUCUACGAGAACAUGGCUUUACGGCAACCAUUUGACGACUUCUUAUCGUAGAUUGUAAGUUCGAGAGUGUUGCUGCUGUACGGCUCUUCUAGGAAGUCAAGCAUAAGCUAGAACUACAACGCGGGGCGAACACCUGACAAAAAACUUCCAGUAGGUAAAAUGGCUCCUCACGUAGCCGAGCUUCUGGUAUUGUAUUCUACAGGCGCUGUUUGGUUAUUUACUCAUCGUCAUCAUGACCAUACAAAAUAAUAAAAGACGAAAUUAUAGAUAGUUUGCGUCGCCUCUCUAAGAAAAAGGAAGAUUGACGGAACGGAUCCCGACGAUCCGCCUCUGUCUGGCGAUCUUGGUGAUGCAACAGCUGCCCAGUCGCAUCACACUGAACAAAAUUCGAAUGCUAUAGCGAUGACC